AUGUCGUCACCAAACAACAAGACCCAAGAUGAUCCGCAGCCACCGCCGACCGUGAUGCCUUCGACACCACCUCGACCAGCCUCAUUAGACGAUAGCCGAUCUCUGCAAGGCGACGACAAUAUGAGCUCUAGCUCAACACCCACCAACUCACGGGGCUCCAACUUCUCCCCAGCCGAUUGUCGCACCCUCCAAAAGAUUCUCCAUGACGUGCGCAGCCCUUCACCUCUCUCCGCAACGUCAUACUUUGACGAAACACCCGCAAGGAAGCUCAAUCUCACUGCGACACCUACUGGUAGCCUCGCGGAAGAGCGAGUCGCCCAGAAGGAGAAGGUGUUCGAUUCUGGCGAUGAACGAGAGGGAGGCUACGAAGAUGAAGAUGACAGUAUGGAACUGAGCGAUGAAGAGGAUGCUUUCAGUACAGGCGGACAGAAAGAUGGGGACACGAUCGAGGACGUUAUGAAUCUUCCUGGUAAGACUGCGCCACCUGUACCUGUCCUGGACUACGGCAGCUUCUAUACCCACGAUAAGCCCACGCUUGAUGAGCCUGGCAAGUUGCAGCUUCGUCGCGCUGCGAUCGAAAAAGACCUGCAGGAGCAAUGUCGACAGCAGGAAUGCGCAUCAGUGAUUGCUGCAACAGACGGCAUCUUUGACACUGACGCACUGAAUCAUGACGUAUCAAGUCAAGCGCUGGCUAUCGAAGAGGCUAGCGAUCGCAAGUAUCUCCAAGAAGGCAUCGGCAUGCACCCCGUGGAAGAUGAACGGGUGGCCACCGGUGCGCUUGGUUCUCCCGAAGCCUACAUCGACCGACCUCGACUGCAUAUAUCAUCCCGCAAUGUCCGUCGUGCGUCUGAAGAUGCACUACCAGUGUCAACCUCAUUCAUCGCGUUCCCUUCUCCUUCCCGCGCCGUCGUUCAGACUCCCAACGGCAGACACAUCGACUUUGCGCCCUCUGCUACUACGCCAGACACACCCUUGACGGACAUACCCAGUUAUUUUGACUUUCAUGAAGGCAAACGUUGCUCUCCGCACAAGAGCCGCCGCAGUGCCUCUUCGCCGACAGAAAUUGUCGACUCAGCGAGGGAUACCAGAGUGGAAGAGGAGGAAGCGGCGGAGCAGAGGGAGCUAGUGAACUUAGAUCGAUUUCGGGACAUGGAUCUUGCACCGAUAGAGACUGUCAUGGAGGGCGGACCAGCUGGCGACUUGAUCAUGUGCGGAACUCCUGCGAAAGCCAGUGACAGAGCCCUCUUUCUCCAAAGCGCAUCUAAUACCGCGGAUUCCGAGAUUGAAGAAUGGAUUGACUUGCAACGCACGCAGUCCAGACUGCCUUCACCGCGUCGACCAAACUUGCUUAUCGAGCAGGACGAGGAGAAUGACGCCGAUGUUGAGGAGUCAGAUAGUACAUCUGAUCCAGAACAGCAGCAGCUCGCCGGCCUCCCACGAUACCCUACUUUCAUCACUGUCAUCAGCAUGAUACCAGCGGCUAUCUUCUGGGCUACUGCUGCAUCAAUCGUUGACUGCAGUAGCAAAGCAUUUGAUACGCUCAUCGAGAAGCUGACUGGGCUAAAGGUCUAG